GCGUCUCUCUCCUUUCAUCGUCUCUUGUUUCCAAAUAGUCACAUUCAGAGAAAGAGAGAGACUCUUUAGAUUCUGAAGAAGAAGAGAUUGUUUUUUUUGCCUUUAUCAUCAUCGGUUUAUUAAUGGUGGAGUCUCUGUUUCCGAGCAUAGAAAACACAAGUGAAUCGUCUCCGGAGUCGAGACGGAAGAAACCGAGGAUAUCGGAGAUGGCGGAGAUAGAGUCACGACGGAUCAACGAAGAAAGCUUGAAGAGAUGGAAAACGAAUCGUGUGCAACAGAUCUACGCUUCUAAACUCGUCGAAGCUUUACGUCGAGUUCGUCAGAGGUCUUCCACCAGUACGGAGACCGAUAAAGUCGUCUCCGGUGCGGCGAGAGAGAUACGUGAGACGGCGGAUCGAGUUCUGGCUGCGUCGGCUCGUGGUACGACUCGGUGGAGCAGAGCGAUUUUAGCGAGUCGCGUCCGAGCGAAGUUGAAGAAACAUAGAAAGGCGAAGAAGUCAACCGGAAACUGUAAAUCGAGAAAAGGUGUGACGGAGACGAAUCGGAUUAAAUUACCGGCGGUUGAGAGAAAACUGAAGAUUCUCGGCCGGUUGGUUCCCGGUUGCCGGAAAGUCUCUGUACCGAAUCUUUUAGAUGAAGCGACCGAUUACAUCGCGGCGUUAGAGAUGCAGGUUCGAGCCAUGGAAGCUCUUGCCGAACUUUUAACCGCCGCCGCACCACGAACGACGUUGACGGGAACUUAACGGCGGCGGCAGUUAGUUUGUCAGUUGUUAAUUAGCUUUUGUUUUUUUUUACCUUUUUACCCCUUUAUUUUGGCUCAAGUGUUUUUUUUUUUUUUUUUUUAAUCGUCGACGCUAUUUUAAUUUAUUAAAUUCAUGUAUUUUAUUUGUAUACAUCAGUUUUUUAUUUGUAGCCAUUUUGAUCUUUCUUUGGUUUUCCUUAGAUAAUCAAAGUUAUCUAAACAACAACAACAAAAUGCCAACUAAUCUCGAUUCCAAAAA